GACCAGACGUCCUUCUUUCCAGUCUGUUGGUAUCUAUUCCUCAUCCCACAUCUUUCUGAAGAGAAUGUGGCGUAUCCUUGCAGUCACCACUACGUCUGCUUUCAGUGCCUCUGAUGGAAUUUUGUCUGGUCAUGCUGCUUUGCCGCUCUUGAUUUGCCUGAAGGCCUUGAUGAUCUCAUCAAUUGUUGGUGGGCCAACAUCGAUUGAGAGGUCUGUGGGUGCUGCUUCAAUGUUGUGUGGGUUCUGUGGGGCUGGUCAAUUCAACAGUUCUUUGAAGUGUUCCACCCACCUGUUUUGCUGUUCUUCAAUGUUGGUGAUUAACUUGCCCUCCCUGCUUUUCGCUGGUCGUUCUGGUUUAUGAUAACUUCCAGAGAGCUUCUUUGUUGUGCCAUACAAUUGUCCCAUGCUUCCUUCUCUUGCAGCCUUUUCCACCGUCAUUUCUAAAUCUUCCACAUAUUUACAUUUGUCAGUUCUGAUGCUCCUCUUCAUUUGCUUGUUUACUUCUGUGUAUUCAGCCUGUGCCUCAGUGUUUUCUGCUCUUGUUUGGCUGGCAUUGAUUGCUUCUUCUUGCUCCUCCAUUCUUGAAUCUUAUCCGGUGUAUCAACAGUGAUCCAAUCCUUGUGAUGGUG